AUGCGUGCAGAAGACGUUGAGAAGCUUGUGAAUAACCGACUUCGAGACUUAAAGAUUGGCGGAAAUUUCGAAGAUGCACUACGCAUUGAGGUAGACCGAGCAAACUCCUCACCUUUCACAGUCAAAAUUGAGCAGGCUGCUCCUCCGAAACGAUUCUCAACGCCCUCUUUUACAUGCUUCAAAGGCGAUUCCGACCCCGAAAGUCAUCUGAAGCAUUUCAAGAGCCUUAUGAUCCUCUACAAAGCUGAAGACGCGUUAAUGUGCAAGGUGUUUGCAAUGACUUUGCGAGGAGCAGCUCAGGAUUGGUUCCAUACCCUGCCAUCCGGGUCGAUCAACAGCUUCAAGGAGCUUACUUACGUCUUCACUAAAGAAUACACUUCUUAUCGGACGAUCAAGAAGAACCCCGACCAUCUGUUCAACCUGCGCAAGAAGCCCGAGGAAUCCCUUCGAGAUUACAUCAAGAGGUUCAAAGCAGAAAAGGCCAACAUCGUAGGGUGCGAUGACCAAAUCGCAUCCUCCGCAUUCAAGAAAGGUCUUCCAGCAGAACAUGACUUAUAUCGCGAGCUGACUAUCACUCCCAGCCAGACUCUGGCAGAGGUCUUCGCGACCGCAGAACGCUACGCACUCUGGGAUGACGAUCGAAUCGCCGCGAAGAAGUCCACUGAGCAGGAAGAUCGACUGGCCAAGCAGGCAGAACAAAGAGGCGACAGGCUUGGCAGCAGGGACAAAGACAAAGGCAGGCCACGUCCACAAGAGAGGCCACGACGAAAGAGAACUACACCAAGUUCUCUAUUCCCAUACACCAAAUUUUGGCCCAAGUGA